ACCACUUUUGUUCGAAAUUCGCAUUUCGCCACCACCCGAAAGUUGUUUUGAUUUGUGAGUAUUGUUCUCAUUUGAUUAGAAAAUGUAAAUACCGUGUAAAAUCGUCGUACUACACCAUCAAAAUGCAGCCAGACGAUCUAUCGAUGCCGCGCGGUGAUAAUAGAAUAAAACAAAAGUUGAAUCUACACGUAAAAAAACGCUUACAAGAGACGAGAAAGUUUACACAAAUUUCAUCGGACCUAAUAUGCCCACCGGUUGGAUCGACCCGCGGGGCACCUACAGGGUCAAAGACUAAAAAGCUAAAGACUAAACACUCGUCCACCUCAUCAACGGUAGUCUGCUCAACUGCACCUUCAAUAGUGAACGCCGGCAGUAGUAAACUUUCCACCACGGCAGAGCUGUUACUUUCACCAGGGGCGACAACCGGUGGUAACAGCAACGAUGCCACAAACAGUAGCUUCAAUUCGGUUGACUUGGAUCCGGAUGCGAACUGUUCCAACGAUGGACAGGAACGAGCCGAUAAAAAUGGCGGUGGCAACAGAUCAGCACCAAAGCUGGACAUUUUUACGUUGAUUCUGAAUGAAAAGAAAAAUUCUUUAAUGCGUGAUCCGGAGGUUGCCAAGUUAUUGGAGGAAAUUAUGAAUAAAAGAAAUAAAAAUUAAUGCAAAAAAAAUGUAUCUCAAUAGGUGAAUUAUACUUGCUGUGUAGGGAUGGUACUCGGAAGACAAAGUAUCGAUACAUAGGGUAUCGGGAUACCGAGAUUUUGGGUAUGAUACAAGGUAUCAAAAAGCAAUAAAGUAUCGAUACCUGUAAGUAUCAAAUUGAUACUUGUGCAGCAAUUAUUUCCUGGUUCCGGGUUGGCGGUUCAAUGUAUAGGACGCUGGUCUUACAUGCCAGUUGUCAGUAGGAUCCAUAGUACUAGCCAUGCAAUGAUUCUGUACACAAAGAAUCGGCUGCGAAGUCUGUUGAAACAGAAAAGCCAAAUUCCACAAAAGGAAUGUAAUGCCAAGACACUUUGCUUUGCAGCAAUCAUUUCAAAAUAAAAUAAAAUUGUCGACGA